CCAAGUCUCAACCAAAGCCUAUGCUGGAAAUUAAGACAUAGCAUUAACAAAAAAUUGCUUUUGUAGGCCGUAUCAUCGACCUCAUAUCAUCAUCUCGGGGGUGUGAAGAUCGUCAUCGCUUAUCAUUCACACAUCAUCGGCGGGGCACAGUUUGGAAGCCAGCAUAGAGAGUCGGACAACGGUUACCGGCCUGCCGAUAGACAUUGUCCAUCAUUGUCCAUCUCCCGCCCUCUGUCCUGCGCUCAAGAAUACCUCCACAAGAAAGACGGGCAAGUAGCAAGCUUGAACUCUUCUCAUAACCGAUAUCUCCUUGGAUACGAAAAAGAACCGCGUUGAACCUAACAGCGAUGGCACAUCUCGCCGACUCCCUCAAAGCCCAAGGUAACGAGUCUUUCCGGCGAGGCGAAUUUGUUGAAGCCGAAGAUUUCUAUACCCAAGCCAUCCAGAAGAACCCCGGAAACCCUCUUUUGUUCACGAAUCGCGCCAAUGCUAGGCUGAAAUUACAUCGUUGGGAGGAAGCUGCCCUUGAUUGCAAUAAGGCGAUUGAGAUUACGGGGCAGAAUGCGCCGAAUCAUAAGGCGUAUUACUUUUUAGCCCAAGCGCAUCUAUCUUCAAAUCAUCCUCAACAAGCCCUCGACGCCGCCCAAACCGCCUACACCCAAGUCCUCUACCCCCAUCCCACCACCAAAUCCUCUCCCAACGACCUCCAGACCUUCUCCCUCUACGUCCUCCGCUGCAAAAAAGCCAUCUUUACCUCCCGCGAGCGCGCCCGCCUGCGCGCCCAAGGCGACCUCCUCGCCGACCUCGAAGAAUCCCUCGAGAUGAAACUGCAACAAGACCUGGCCGCGGUAAGUGCCCAACUGCGCGCGCCCUCCAUCUACCACCACUCCGGCCCAACGAUCGGCCCUAUCGCCGCCACCGAAGCCCGCGCCGCACUCCACGCCGCCCACGAAACCCGCCUUUCGGGUCUCCGCGCCGUCUUCGCCCUCGCGCAAGAUCCCAGCCUCACGCCCACGCGCCGCGAAGUCCCCGAUCACCUCGUCGAUAUGAUCACUUUCGAACCCAUGCAUGAUCCCGUGGUGACGAAGAAUGGCCAUAGCUAUGAGCGGGCGACACUGUACGAACAUCUCAAGCGGAGCCCGACGGAUCCGCUGACGAGAGAGCCGUUGAGUAUGCAGGAUGUCCGGAGCAAUUUGGGACUUAAGGCGGCGUGUGAGGAGUUUUGGGCGAGUGGGGCGGAGAUGUGGAUUGGGGAUUGGUGA